UGUAAGAGGUUUAUUUGUUGACGUAACAGGUCGCGAGGCCGGGCCGCGUCUGCCAGGUAGAGAUAUGCUGCUGUCGCCGUUCCAGCCAAAGCGGUCGCUGACGUCCGUCGUCAAGAUGCGCCAGUCGCUCGAGUCGGACUUCUCGUCCGCCGUCCUCUUCCUCCAGACGUACCAAGGGCCGCAUGGCAUUCUCAAGAAUGCUGCGUCGCCCGUUCGCAUCGCCUUGGACGCGCUCUUCCAGCAAGCGACGAUCGGCGCGUGCACGACCGAGGCGCCGACCGACACGCUGGAGCUGGCGGCGUGGGAAAAGUGGCAGGCGCUUGGCGACCUCAGCAAGGAGCAGGCCAUGCAGCAGUACAUCAAGACGCUCGACGACCUCGUGGACAAUUGGCGCCGGAGCCCGAGCUUGCGUCGCGCGACGUCGGAAGUGGCGCCCGCGACGCCGCCGCCGCUCAUGGACCGGCUCCCGGCCUUUGCGCAGGAGCUCGAUGCGAUCAAGACCAAGCUCCAGACGCAGGUGGUCGACCACGAGGCGCUGGCUGACGCUGUCAACACGCUCACGCACGACACGAAUGCUCAUUUCUCCCGCGAGCUGCGGCAGCUGGACCUUGUCCGAACGCACACCACCGAGGCGCUCAAGGCGAGCGAAGCCCAAGUGCACGAACACAAGUUGGAGCUCGCGCUUUUGCGUGAGAAGCACUACCAGCUCCAGGCGAUUGUCGAGCGCUCAGUGGUCUUUCGCGCCGAAGAACUUGUGCUGCAGACGUGGACGAGCGCGACGCAGUGGCUCCAGCUGCGCUACGUGCGCAUGCUCCUCGUGUCGCUCUUCUUGACCUUUGUGUGGCGCAAGCUGCUGCACCGUCGCCUCCCGCGCUUCAUCGCGGAUACGCUCAUCGCCAUCAUCUCCAACUUGUCUGGGAAGGACGGCGAGUAAGCCAUACGAGCUCUCACCUUUGCCCACGAUGAAUAACCAAGUACACAUACAUCGUAUGCAGCUCUGGUCGUUGCUGGCUGUUCUUCCCACCGUGCAGCUCGGCGUCAACUUGGUCUUCUUCCGUCCUGCAUAUUCGACAGCACAGCAUCCACGAACAACGACGCCAAAAAAAAGAACGCGGAGGAACCAAGUUGAAGUGAUGGCCACGAUCGCACGUCCAGUCGUGCCACGGUCAAGAUACUGCGGCACUCGACGCCGCUGCGGGUCUGAGAAGCAUGCGCCAUCCACACGACGACCUCCAGCGUUCGCUCGUAUCUUGGCUACCCCAUCCCUCCAAG